AUGAGCGCACCGCCACCCAAUGUUCCAUCCGUCCUUCUUCCAGAACUCCUCGGGUUUGUACCACAAUUACUACUCGAUGACAUCAUAAACAUCGCCAACGAUGCUGCACGGGAAGCAGUGGAGGGAAUGCAAGAGUUCCUUGAACGGCGAGACGCUGAGCGCGUGAAGGAAGCCGAGGCAGCAGGCAAAGACAGAGAUGCAGCAGACAGACUCGAAGCAGAGAGUAUGGAAGAGCUGGAGAAGGGCAUAAAUUCAUUCCAAACAUUGCUCGAGUCGCACGUCGACAUCGCCUUCGACUUUUUCGAGGCGUGGUCGCUACGGAACAUCUUCGCCAUACCGGCCGACUUGCAGAUCGUCGCACCUCACCACAAGGGAACCAACUUGGAGCAGCCAACAGAGAAAGAGGCGGAGCUGCUCGCAGAUAUAAGAGAUCUUCGCAGGAAGAUUCAUGCACAAAAGAAACUCCAGAGACUUUACACCCGCGCGGCGCGCAUGUCCUCCACACAGCUCACGCACUCGCAGAAACGUCUCGAAAGGCUCUCCUUCCUUCGCGCACCGCAGCUGCAGGCGCUGCUCUCGCUGUCGGACGAGUUCCACGCGAUGUACACGUCUGUCGCGGGACUACCGUCGCUCGACCCGUCUCUCACGGCCGCAGAGCAGGCGAUUGCGGAGCCCGGGAAACGGCCGUGGGAGACGAGUAAGACCGGGUAUCUGAACUGGGCGGUCGAGCAGCUGAUGGCGCGGGCGAAGCGGAGCGUCAAGGGCGGCGAAGGCGAGUUCGGGAGGGGCAGCGCUGCGGCUGCAGAUGCGUACGGCGUGGGUAGUGCGGACGACGUCAAGGAGGCAUUGGAGACCGUCGCGGGCGCUGGGGCUGUCGCAGAAUUAGGCCGAAGGGAGGGUCAGGACGAGAUGGAUACCCAGUGA